UGCCUGCGAAUUGGAUCCUACCAAUUGUGAAGGUGAAUGCAAAGGAGAACAUCGUUUUCAACAGUAUUUUAUUUUUUUAGUUUAACUUAAAUUUACAAAACAUUUUUUGAAUAGUGUUUGUGCUCGUCAGAAUCACUUGCUUUUAACAGUAUCUGAAAAAGAUCGAUCUCUCACGAUGACCCGUCAUUGGGCGACGAGCUUGUUAAUCAUCGCACAGAUAUGCAACGCAGCAUUGGGCGUGGAAUACGAUCGAGCUCUAUUCGUCAAAUCCGAUGACUUAAGAAAAGCAAGAGAAAUACACACGAAAGUUGCCCAAAUAGCUCCAAAUUCUAUGGACCAGACGGUAGACCAUAUACUCACGUGGUUACAAACAAGAUAUCAAAAUCAACAGUUCCAGCGUUUGGCUCGCCAGGACAACAACGAACAGCGUCCGCGCCCGUUUGUAGCCUCAUCUGCUCAAUCGGACUACCGAGGAUACCUACCCCCACAACCACCACCCCAACCGGAGUUCAUCAUACCUACGACCUCGUCACAGUAUCAACCCACCGCAACCCCGUCCGUAGAAAUAAGUCCCUUCUUUGGACAGACCUCCGAACCCAGUCAGACGGUACCACCCCCAUCACCAUCGGAAAACACUUCACCUCAGCCUCUGGCACCGAUUGCGGGGUCCGAACCAUCACCCUCAUCCUCACCAGACGUCUCACCACAGACACCAGGUUUCGUGGACGAGCCAACCAGUUUCCAAGUCACUAAUCCAUCACUGCGACCAGAAUUGAAUAACCCGGAAACCCUCCAAAUCAGCACUAAUGACUUUGUACACCCACCACACAUACACGAGAUGAACGUGCAGUGUUCGAAAGACAUGAUGACCAUCAAUGUCGAGUUCAACAAACCGUAUGAUGGCGUCAUUUACUCAAAGGGGUUCUACAACACACCGGAGUGCAGAUAUGUUAACCCGAAUUCCGGCCAGACAAAGUAUUCGUUCAAAGUGAUGUUGAACUCUUGCGGGACUCAUUUCGUCGACGAAUUCUCUUCGGGCAAACAGGCAUAUUUGGAAAACGUAUUGGUCGUACAAAACGAACCGGGGAUACAAGAAGUCUGGGACGUCAUACGUUCUGUCAGAUGUUUGUGGGAAGGUAAUUUGAACAAAGCUCUGUCUAUCGCGUUGAAUAUUGGUAUGUUGAACCAGGAAGUGGUGACGUUUAGCGGAGACACUGCUACUGCUCGACUCGAUAUCCAAACCGGGAAGGGACCGUUCGCUCCCAUCGCUAGUGGUUUGGUGAAAAUCGGAGAGACCAUGACGUUGGUCGUAACGGUGGAUGGUGACCCCGGAUUCAACAUUUUGGUGAGGGAGUGCGUGGCCCGAGACAACAACCCCGAGUCGGGCAAUCAACUGCAGCUGACCGACGCCCAAGGAUGCGUGGCGAAACCCAAACUUUUCGGCAGCUUCCAAACAACGACAAACCCAGCUACUGGUUCUUUGAUAGCCUAUGCAUACUUCCAAGCGUUCAAAUUUCCGGACGUCAUGGACCUGUUGAUCGAGUGCAACGUCGAACUGUGCAAAGCCAACUGUCAGCCGUGUUCAGAAACGAAUCAAAAAAUCGAUCCCGGUCGUAAAAGACGAGACGUGCACAAUAUUGCGACGAACAAUACGAUCAAUACGUCCGACGACAGUGCGGAUUCCAUGAUGUUGGUCGGCCGCGUACACGUUUACUCGCCCGACGACCUGCUGGCCGACAAUUUCAAUCAGACCGCCACCGACGUGCUGGAUCCGCUACAGGCGUUCACGAUGGGCGACAGAACUUUGUGCAUCUCAUCAAAAAAGUUUUAUAUGACGUAUUCCUUUAUGGUCGCAGUCACAUUAAUAUCGAGUGCAAUGAGUAUGGUCCUGUGGAUUCGAUUACAACGCAAGAUCUAUAAAGAUUAAAGGGUAACUAAGUAUAGAAAAUGUGUUUUAAAUGAUUUUAUUUCGAGAUUGAAUUUUAUCAUUUUUAUUACAAUGUGUCUCUUGUAAAAUAAGCGAGAAGACCUGGACAGAAAACAGUUUUCAAUUGCUUUAUAUUACUGAUGAUCGAUCAUUUAAAAUGGUUAUUAUAAACGUAUAUCAUGUUAUUUUUUAUAAAUGUAUAAUGUAUUUAUAUAUAUACGAAAUAUUUAC